AUGAAGAAGCAGGAGGUCUCCAAUGUUGCCACUCUCUUUGUGGCGAUGAUGUUUGUGGUGGAGGUGGUUCCAAUGUCGCGGCCAAUAACUCCGAUGCCGCAGCCACUUAAGUCGCCGUUAGCACCACCACCGCAGACUAUGCCACCAACAGGGCAAGUAUGCAACCCACUGUCGAUGAGCGACUGCGGAGGAGCAAUCCUGUUUGGAGGGCCGCCGACGAAGCGAUGCUGCAUCGAGUUGAAUUCUCAGGGGAAAUGCCUUUGUGAGUACCUCAGGGACCCCACCCUCAAACAGUAUAUUAACAAUCCUAAUUCUAAGAGGAUUUCUACCGAGUGUGGUGUCGCGACCCCAGUGUGUUAG